CCCGCUGCUCCGGUGCUUGGGUUCGCCGCGGACUUUAGGAUGGGGAGGCGGGCUGGGCUCCGGAGGGUGUGCGCUCGCCUCGCGCGCGGUUUGGAGCACCGGCGCUCCGAGCUGCCGGCGGCGGGAUCGUGGUUUGUUAGGGCCAGUGAGGGGGUGAGCCUAGCGGACCCCGCUGGACCGCGCGGGGCGGAAUAACAAAAGAUCCUGGAAAAGUUGGAGAAGAUAAAGUAUAUUCAGUAUCCAGAUCAGGAGAUUGACAGACCAGGAAAUGCACAAUUUUGAGGAGGAGUUAACGUGUCCCAUCUGUUACAGUAUCUUUGAAGAUCCCCGUGUACUACCAUGCUCUCAUACAUUUUGUAGAAACUGUUUGGAAAAUGUUCUUCAGGCAUCUGGUAACUUUUACAUAUGGAGACCUCUGCGAAUUCCACUCAAGUGUCCUAACUGCAGAAGUAUUAUUGAAAUUGCUUCGACUGGCAUAGAAUCCUUACCUGUAAACUUUGCAUUAAGAGCAAUUAUUGAAAAGUACCAGCAAGAAGACCACCCAGAUGUUGUCACCUGCCCUGAACAUUACAGGCAACCAUUAAAUGUUUAUUGUCUACUAGAUAAAAAAUUAGUUUGUGGCCAUUGUCUUACUAUAGGCCAACAUCAUGGCCAUCCUAUAGAUGACCUUCAAAGUGCCUAUCUGAAAGAAAAGGAUACACCUCAGAAGUUGUUGAAACAGUUAACCGACACACACUGGACAGAUAUCACUCGCCUUAUUGAAAAGCUUGAAGAACAGAAAAGUCAUUCUGAGAAAAUAGUUCAAGGUGAUAAGGAAGUUGUUCUCCAGUAUUUUAAGGAGCUUACUGAUACAUUAGAACAGAAAAAAAAAUAUUUUUUGGCAGCUCUUUGUGAUGUUGGCAAGAUGAUUAAUCAAGAAUACACUCCCCAGAUUGAAAGAAUGAAGGAGAUAAGGGAACAACAACUUGAGUUAAUGACAAUGACCACAUCCUUACAAGAUGAGUCUCCACUUAAAUUUCUUGAAAAAAUUGAUGAUGUCCGCCAACGUGUUAAGAUGUUGAAACAGAGACCACUUCCUGAGGUCCAGCCUGUUGAAAUUUAUCCUCGAGUAAGCAAUGUAUUAAAAGAAGAGUGGAACAGAACAGAAAUUGGACGUAUUAGGAAAGCUGUCAUUCCUGAAAUGAGAAUUUCUUCAAAAAGAAUGCCAUGUUCCUGGCCAGAUAAGGAUGAAAAAGACAUAGAAAUUUUUAAAAUUUUAAACAUUGCUAUAGUUUCACUCAUUUCAGUGAUACUAAUGUUGAUUCUCUUUUUCAACCAUUACAUAAUAACCUUCUUAAAUGAAAUCACUUCAAUAUGUUUCUCUGAAGUCUUUUUCUCUCUUUGCCAAAGUUUAUCUAAGAACUUCUAUGACUUAAAAAAUACAGUGUGCUACACUUUAUAUUUGUUAAAGGAAUUUAUAUGGAAAAUAGUUUCUCGCUGAAAACCUAAAAUGUGGGCUUAUUCUGUAUAGCAGAGGUUAAUAAUUGAUUGCUAGAUGGAAAGUCAGGGUGGCAUAAGUAGCACAUAAACUUUACAUCUCUUCCAGCAGAUACACAGAAAUACAAUAAACUUCCCGUGGUUGGGUAGAAGUGCUGUCAGAAAUGAGACAUUAUCUUCAAGAUGACUAAAAUCAAAUUAGAAUAUGACAAAUUUGGGGCUGAAUAUUAAUACCUUACCCUGUUUUUAUUGGCUUGAUAGUCAAUGCUUUAUUCUGAUUAACAAGUAUUUUUUUUUGUAAAUUGUUAUAUGCUACAGUAGUUAACUUUGUAGUUCUUUGUAUAUGUAGAGAUAAUUUUUUUUCCCCCCCGAGACAGGGUAGACAGGGUUUCUCUGUAUAACCUUGGCUGUCCUGGAACUCACUCUGUAGACCAGGCUGGCCUCGAAAUCAGAAAUCCGCCUGCCUCUGCCUCCCAAGUGCUGGGAUUAAAGGCGUGCGCCACCACCGCCCAGCUAGAUAGAAGAUUUUUAAAACAAGAACCUUGAGGUCCACAGCCUAUUUUGAUAUGAUUUGAAACUUUUCAAAGUAUAGAUGGAGAUGAUAUCUAAGUUUUAAAAAUCUAGACCAGGAUUGUUUAUAUAUCUUUUUUGGUCAAGCCUAUUAAUAGAUUUAGGAGCAUUCAUUCCAAGUAGCGCUGCUUUUGGAUAAAUCAGCUGUGUUUACUAAGUACAGAGUUUAAUUCAGCUUUGGUAACAGUGAAAAAAACCACAGGUCAGAAAGUGCCUGGACUGCACCACAAAGUAAACCAAGUACAUAUUUUGAUUUUGUGUAUUUUUAGUCUUGUUUUUAUAUGAAAACUAUACAAAACAUGUACAUUAAGACAAUCAUACUGAUGGGACUCAUUUAGUAGACUUGGUAUCAUGUAAACUAUAUUCAUCUUAAAAUGGUCUCACCUUAUAGCUCAAGUUACUGGGAUUCCGUAUGAGCUGCUGUUGUACCUGUUUAAUUUUCCUCCCUUGACAUAAACUUUUGUGGUAGAACUUUUGGUUUACAGCCAUUGAAAUCUCCAACACAGUGUUUUGCAGAAAUCCCAAAUGAGGUGCUCUUGAAUUACCCCACCUCUGGAGACCUUAUUUCAAAUAAAAGCUGUGUUUAAGGUCAGAACAAUGCUGACUUAUCAGCACAGUAACAAAAUGAGGCCAGUUUAAAGAUGUAAUUAAUGGUGAGGGGAAAUAAUGUUCAGUUUUUAACAGACACAUGUCAUAUAGUGAGUGCUAUUUUUUUAAUGUAAAUAUUAGCAAGUGAAGAGCAUUAGAACAUUUUUCAAGGGGUUACUAACUUCUUUGUAGAGAUGAGGAAAUAAAUGACGUGCCAGUGUUAGCAGAUGGGAAAGCUUAUUCUGUUAUGAUUAAAAAAAAUAAGAGUAGGCUGUUGGUGUAAUUAACUGAAACCUGUAUUUCAAUCUAAGAAAGCAUAUGCCCAGUAUUACCUUGUAGGCUUGAGUAUACAACUAUUUUUGUGUUCUGAUAUACUGUUUUAACUUUUGCCUGGAGGUUGAGUUUGUACAACUUAAAAGUACAUAUAUUUGGAAAUUUGGGUUUUAUGUAUAACAGUAUAUUUUUAAUAAACUUGAUAUUUUAUUGAAUGUCUUAGAAAGUGAUGA